AGCCCAAAUCCUAGAAGACAUACGGUAGUAUUAACAACACAUUACGCCGCCGCUGAGCCUAGAAAGCUAGAAGACGACAGGCGAUUCGGCGACCCGGUGCCAGAGAAAAGCCAGCAGCCAGUCCGGGACACCACCCUUUCCAACUCCAAUUAUCUCUCUGUUGCCCUCUCAGGCAAAAUCCACUCCCUCUCUUGAGGUAUAUCAUCAUGGAAGUUGAAGAUUCAGGUAUGUUCAACAUCACUCAAACGGUUGGCAGUGUUCUAUGCUGUAAAUGUGGUGUACUCAUGGCCCCUAAUGCUGUCAAUAUGUGCACCCGUUGUUUGCGCUCAGAGUUUGAUAUAACAGAAGGAUUACAGAAAAAUGUUGUCAUUUCUCACUGUCCUGAAUGUGACAGCUAUUUGCAGCCACCUAGAACAUGGAUUAAAGCCCAGCUAGAAUCAAAAGAUCUUUUAACUUUCUGUGUGAAGAGGCUGAAGACUUUUAAUAAAGCUACCUUGGUGAAUGCUGAGUUUAUCUGGACUGAACCUCAUUCCAAGAGGAUCAAAGUCAAACUCAAACUCCAGAAAGACGUUCUGCAGGGGGCAAUCAUUGAACAAGCAUAUACUGUUGAGUAUGUUGUCCAUGACCAGUUAUGUGAAGCUUGCUCACGUAUUCAGGCUAACCCUGACCAGUGGGUGGCUGCAGUGCAACUAAGGCAGCACGUUUCUCACCGAAGAAGUUUCUUUUAUCUGGAACAACUCAUUCUUAAGCACGAUGCGGCUUCUAAGGCCAUACGAAUCAAACAGACGAACCAGGGGGUGGAUUUCUACUUUGGUAAUAGAAGCCAUGCUGUCAAAUUUGUGGAGUUUGUGGGUAAGGUGGUGCCUGUCAGAAGCCGUAGUGACAAACAACUUGUGUCUCACGAUAUCAAAAGCAAUAAUUACAAUUACAAGUACACAUUUUCUGUUGAAAUCUCACCAAUAUGUCGUGAAGACCUAAUCUGUCUCCCACCUAAGCUGUCUGCCUCUUUAGGAAAUCUUGGUCCACUUGUGAUCUGCACUAAAGUGACUAAUAGCAUUGCUUUGUUGGAUCCCUUCACUUUGAGGCACUGUUUUUUGGAUGCCGAACAGUAUUGGAGGGCAUCAUUUAAACCUCUACUUACCAGUAGGCAGCUUGUUGAAUAUGUAGUUUUGGAUGUCGAAAUGGUCUCUCCUGAAGUUAGCAUUGGUGGGUCGAAAUAUACUACGGCCGAUGUUCAAGUAGCUCGGGUGUCCGAUUUUGGGAAGAAUGACAUAAUGUUCAUGGUAAGAACACAUAUCGGACAUCUUUUGAAAUCUGGAGACUAUGCUUUUGGUUAUGAUUUGUAUGGAGCCAACAAUAAUGAUAUUGAGUUGGACAAAUACAAAGGGUUUGACCUCCCAGAGGUGGUAUUGGUGAAGAAAAGUUAUGAAGAGAAGUGGCAGAAGAAGAGGGGCAAGCCUCGUGCCUGGAAACUCAAGUCUCUCAACAUGGAAGUUGAUGAUAACACUGGCAAAGGAAAAGAUAAUGAAGAGAAGAGGAGCACAGAGUAUGAAGGUUUCUUGCGAGAGAUUGAGGAGAAUCCUGAUAUAUUUUUCAACUUAUCAUUGUACCGCAAUAAAGAAUACCAACCUUCAGAAGAUGCAUCUGAGACUGAUGGGGAUUGUUUGCCCGUGGAGGAACAAAUUGCUCAACUUCAUUUGUAUGAUGAUGAUGAUGAUGAUGAUGAUGAUGAUGGCAAUAAAGGCGGCAAUGUUAUGGCAGAGUGAAGCUGCAGAUCAAAUUAAAGGUGUGAAUUACAGUUAAUGAAGCUCAAGUCUUCAUGAAGCCAAAUAAUAAAAUUUGCUGGAAGACUAGAAACAUUCUGUGUGAAGACUAGUUAUUUAUGUAUUUGUGUUUGGUUUGCUAGUUUGAAACUUUGGAGUAAUUGGGUGUUACAGUGGGCUGUAGUGGCCAAAACCUCCUUUUGUGUUUGGGUUGCUAGUCUUGAACACUUCUCUUUAUAUUUUUAGAAAACCUAUUCUUAAGAGUACUGACUAAACCAGAUUGCAGUUUUGUUUUAAAACAGAUUGCAGCUUUCUUUUAAACGAGAUUACAGUUGUUUUCCCACGAGCUUUAGAAUUAAAGUUGAACUUUACAUUUGGACUUUUUUUGGCAUAAAUAGUUCUUGAAAAGGAGUAAAGGAC